AUGGCUUCACCUUUUCUUCCCAAUCCUGUGGACAUCGGCGCACAAAUUGUUAGAAAAGCAGCACUUCGUAGAGAAAGAGUUUUUAGGGACAGACAAAAUCCUCUUGACUUUCAUGAUGAUUAUUUGUAUGAAAGGUACAGAUUUUCCGCGGAAGGAAUAACAUAUAUUUGCGAACUUCUUGAGCCGCAUAUUACAAAUGUGACUCGUCGAAGCCAUGCCCUAACUGUACCACAAAUGGUAUGUAUUGCUUUGCGUUUUUUUGCAACUGGUACAUAUUUGUAUGCGGUCGGUGAUGCGGAGAACAUUGGAAAAAACACAGUUUGUCGAACCAUUCGCAAGGUGGUCCUCGCACUGCAAGGUUACAUAAAUAGUUUAAUUGUGUUCCCUGGACAUUUAUCGCCCAUGUCCAUAAAAGAGGGCUUUUAUAAAAUUGCCGGAUUCCCUAGAGUCAUAGGAGCAAUAGACUGCACACAUGUUGCAAUCUCCACAGCUCUGGGAGAACAUGAGGCAGAUUAUGUGAACAGAAAGUCCUUUCACAGCCUUAAUGUUCAGAUGACUUGUGAUCAUGAAUGCAUGAUCACAAGCUUGGAUGCCAAAUGGCCUGGCUCAGUGCAUGACUCACAAAUUUUCCGUGAGUCUGUGUUGUGUCAGCGAUUUGAGGAAGGGACUUUUGAUGGCCUGUUGGUAGGAGACAGAGGAUAUGCAUGUCAGAGGUUUUUGCUAACCCCCUAUCCUGACCCUCAGACAAGGCCACAAAACCGCUUCAAUGUGGCCCUCAGUAGAACCAGGGUCAAGAUUGAGAUGACCUUUGGCAUCCUAAAGGCACGAUUCAGCUGCCUUAGGCGCUUAAGAGUAUCACCAGAGCGGGCAUCACAGAUAGUGGCUGCAUGUGCCAUUCUGCACAAUAUAGCCACUAUCAGAAAGGAGAGAGUACCACCACAAAAUCACCUUCUCCCUAAUGAAAUUGACCCAAUUACAGUUGACCACCCAGCUGGCGCAGCUGUCAGAAAUGCUAUCACAACUCAAUAUUUUACUUGA